UCUUCCUCCCGGAGACACCAUUGUGCCGGGUACAGCCUGUUUCCAGUGAGCUGGGUGCGGGGCGAGGCCAGAAGAGCAUUAGUCUGCCUUUCCGGCUCUUUUCUCUGUGGGACUUCUCUCUGCGCCUUUGGGGGCCACUGGCAGGCGAGAGAAGGCGGAGGGAGCCCGUGGGAGCUGCGGGCCCGGCCCCUAGCAGCGGCAGCCGCACCAGCAACUGCACUCGCGCUGCAUCUGGGGAGCAGAGUGUAUGUGUGUGGAUCUGCGAGAGAGCGCGUGUGCGUGAGGGGGAGAGCAAAGACGUGAUUACUUCAGAAUUUAUUUAAGGGCCGGUGGAAACCACUGCAGCAGCUUCCAGGGGAAGCCCCUGCCCGCCUGAGAGAACGGGGAGGCGCACCAAGAACGAGCAAGGGGAAAAGCCGAUGCCUUAGCAGCCCCACGGAUCCCAGUUUCAGUACAACGCGCGCAGGCAGCAGCAAUGAUGUGUGAGGUGAUGCCCACGAUAAAUGAGGACACCCCAAUGAGUCAAAGGGGGUCCCAAAGUAGUGGCUCAGACUCGGAUUCCCAUUUUGAGCAGCUGAUGGUGAAUAUGCUAGAUGAAAGGGAUCGACUUUUAGAAACCCUUCGAGAGACACAGGAAAGUUUGUCACUUGCACAGCAAAGACUUCAGGAUGUCAUCUAUGAUAGAGACUCACUCCAGCGACAGCUUAAUUCAGCCAUUCCACAGGAUAUUGAAUCGCUAACAGGAGGUCUGGCUGGUUCUAAGGGAGCCGAUCCACCGGAAUUUGCUGCUUUGACAAAAGAAUUAAAUGCAUGUCGGGAGCAAUUGCUAGAAAAAGAAGAAGAAAUUUCUGAACUUAAGGCUGAGAGAAACAACACAAGACUGUUACUGGAGCAUUUGGAGUGCCUUGUUUCAAGACAUGAGCGGUCACUAAGAAUGACAGUGGUGAAAAGGCAAGCCCAGUCCCCUUCAGGCGUCUCCAGUGAAGUUGAAGUUCUCAAAGCCCUGAAGUCCCUGUUUGAGCACCACAAGGCACUGGAUGAAAAGGUAAGGGAGCGACUGAGGGUUUCUUUAGAAAGAGUCUCUGCACUGGAAGAAGAACUAACAGCUGCUAACCAGGAGAUUGUUGCCUUGCGGGAACAAAAUGCUCACAUUCAAAGGAAAAUGGCAUCUGGAGAAGGGUCCACAGAGUCAGAACACAUGGAAGGAAUGGAGCCUGGCCAGAAAAUCCAUGAAAAGCGUUUGUCCAAUGGUUCCAUAGACUCAACAGAUGACACUAGCCAAGUGAUGGAGCUACAAGAAUUACUGGAAAAGCAAAACUAUGAAAUGGUCCAAAUGAAAGAGCGCUUAGCAGCCCUUUCUUCCCGGGUAGGGGAAGUGGAGCAGGAAGCAGAGACUGCCAGAAAGGACCUCAUUAAAACAGAGGAAAUGAACACCAAAUAUCAAAGGGAUAUUAGAGAGGCUAUGGCACAGAAAGAAGAUAUGGAAGAAAGAAUCACCACUCUUGAAAAGCGUUAUUUAAGUGCCCAGAGAGAAUCCACCUCCAUCCAUGACAUGAAUGAUAAACUAGAAAAUGAGCUGGCAAAUAAGGAAGCCAUCCUACGUCAGAUGGAAGAGAAGAACAGGCAGUUACAAGAACGUCUUGAGUUAGCUGAGCAAAAGCUGCAGCAGACCAUGAGAAAAGCUGAGACUUUACCAGAAGUGGAAGCUGAGCUUGCUCAGAGAAUUGCAGCAUUGACAAAGGCUGAGGAAAGACAUGGUAACAUUGAAGAGAGGAUGAGACAUUUGGAAGGUCAGCUUGAAGAGAAGAAUCAGGAACUUCAAAGAGCUAGACAAAGAGAAAAAAUGAAUGAAGAACACAACAAAAGGUUAUCAGAUACUGUAGAUCGACUUUUGACGGAAUCCAAUGAACGUCUGCAGCUACACUUAAAAGAAAGGAUGGCAGCUCUGGAGGAGAAGAAUGUUUUAAUUCAAGAAUCUGAAAGUUUCAGAAAGAAUCUUGAAGAAUCGUUGCAUGAUAAGGAAAGAUUAGCAGAAGAAAUUGAAAAGCUAAGGGCAGAACUAGACCAAUUGAAAAUAAGAACUGGCUCUUUGAUUGAACCUACAAUAUCAAGGACACAUUUGGAUACCUCAACAGAACUUCGGUAUUCUGUAGGUUCACUUGUGGACAGCCAGUCUGACUACAGGUCAACUAAGGUCAUAAGAAGACCCAGAAGAGGCCGUAUGGGAGUCCGAAGAGAUGAACCCAAGGUGAAAUCACUUGGGGACCAUGAGUGGAACAGAACUCAGCAAAUGGGAGUGCUGAGUAGCCAUCAUUUUGAAAGUGACACUGAAAUGUCUGAUAUUGAUGAUGAUGAUAGAGAAACUAUUUUUAGUUCAAUGGACCUCCUGUCCCCAAGUGGCCAUUCUGAUGCUCAGACUCUAGCCAUGAUGCUUCAAGAACAAUUAGAUGCAAUCAAUAAAGAAAUCAGGUUAAUUCAGGAAGAAAAAGAGUCUACAGAACUACGUGCUGAAGAAAUUGAGAACAGAGUGGCCAGCGUGAGUCUAGAAGGUUUGAAUCUAGCUAGAGUCCAUCCAGGUACUUCAAUCACUGCCUCAGUAACAGCUUCAUCGCUAGCCAGUUCAUCUCCACCUAGUGGCCACUCCACACCUAAGCUUACUCCACGAAGCCCAGCCAGGGAGAUGGAUCGAAUGGGAAUCAUGACUCUGCCAAGUGACCUAAGGAAACACCGGAGAAAGAUUGCAGUUGUUGAAGAAGAUGGUCGGGAAGAUAAAGCAACAAUAAAAUGUGAGACAUCUCCUCCCCCUACACCAAGAGCUAUCAGAAUGACACAUACCCUUCCUUCAUCUUAUCACAAUGAAGCCCGAAGUAGUUUGGCAGUGUCCUUGGAAUCAGACAGCAUCGGUCUUGGCAGUGCCAAUAGCAGCCAAGAUUCCCUUCACAAAGCCCCCAAAAAGAAAGGAAUCAAGUCUUCAAUAGGACGCUUGUUUGGUAAAAAAGAGAAGGCCCGGCUUGGACAGCUCAGAGGCUUUAUGGAGACAGAAGCUGCAGCGCAGGAGUCUCUAGGGUUAGGGAAACUUGGAACUCAAGCUGAGAAGGACCGCCGACUAAAGAAAAAGCAUGAACUUUUGGAAGAAGCCCGAAGAAAGGGGUUACCUUUUGCCCAAUGGGAUGGACCCACAGUGGUUGCAUGGCUAGAGCUGUGGUUGGGAAUGCCUGCUUGGUAUGUUGCAGCUUGCCGGGCCAAUGUCAAGAGCGGUGCUAUCAUGUCUGCUCUGUCAGACACAGAAAUCCAGAGAGAAAUAGGAAUCAGCAAUCCUCUGCAUCGCCUGAAACUCCGAUUAGCAAUCCAGGAGAUGGUUUCCCUAACAAGCCCCUCUGCUCCCCCUACAUCUAGAACGCCCUCAGGCAAUGUUUGGGUGACCCAUGAAGAAAUGGAAAACCUUGCAGCUCCAGCCAAAACGAAAGAAUCUGAGGAAGGAAGCUGGGCCCAGUGUCCUGUUUUUCUGCAGACCUUGGCUUAUGGUGAUAUGAAUCAUGAGUGGAUUGGUAAUGAGUGGCUUCCCAGUUUGGGAUUACCUCAAUACAGAAGUUACUUUAUGGAAUGCCUGGUAGACGCAAGAAUGUUAGAUCAUCUGACGAAAAAAGACCUCCGAGUACAUUUAAAAAUGGUGGACAGCUUUCAUAGAACAAGUUUGCAGUAUGGAAUUAUGUGUUUAAAGAGGUUGAAUUAUGACAGGAAAGAACUGGAAAGGAGAAGGGAAGCAAGUCAACAUGAAAUUAAAGAUGUGUUGGUAUGGAGCAAUGACCGAGUGAUUCGCUGGAUACAGGCAAUUGGACUUCGAGAGUAUGCAAAUAACGUGCUUGAAAGUGGCGUGCAUGGAUCCCUUAUAGCUUUGGAUGAGAACUUCGACUAUAGCAGCUUAGCUUUAUUAUUACAGAUUCCUACGCAGAAUACACAGGCAAGACAAAUUCUUGAAAGAGAAUACAACAAUCUUUUGGCGCUGGGAACUGAGCGGCGACUAGAUGAAAGUGAUGACAAGAAUUUUAGGCGUGGGUCAUCAUGGAGAAGACAGUUUCCUCCCCGUGAAGUCCAUGGGAUCAGUAUGAUGCCUGGUUCCUCAGAGACAUUGCCAGCUGGGUUUAGGCUAACCACCACAUCUGGCCAAUCUCGGAAAAUGGCAACGGACGAUGUCAUCUUUUCAGUCUACUCUACCUAAAGUGCACUAUCAUCUUAGAAGAGGAGCUAUGAAAACUACCUGGACAAUUGAGCCCUAAGGGAAAAUAAUGACAAGUCAAGGUUUAUUAAACUGAAAAUGUGAUUUUUUUUCCCAUGCAUUGUUUGGUUAGUUCACUUCAAACGUAAGGAUAAAAAAAAAGCUUAAAGUCAUUUUAAAAUAAACAUCCUUUACACCAGAUGUUUUACAAAAUGGAACCACUCAUUUUUACAUUGUUCCAUCUGUUUUAUUGUAAUAUACUAGACAUUUAUGUAUUAUUGUGUAUGUAUUUCUUUUAAAAUGUGUAAGUUUUAUGUAAAAAUUGAUAUAAAUAUGAUUUUAUAUAAAAAAAAAAUCUAUGGUUCAUGGAGUCUGAGUGCAAGCACUUAACAAUUAUCCUGUUUGUAUCUUACCAUUACAUUUUUACAGUUUUUUGGAUUGUAACAGUCAGAUGAAUAUGUUUAUUGGAGUUAGUUUCCACUUGUUCCUCCUUCAAAUCUGUCAAUACUUAAAGCUGGACACCUGCCUCUGAUCCCAUCCAAACUGAGUGAUUUAACCUGGAAAUGGAGCCAAAAUGGACCUUCAAAGGCAACUUGAAAUGCCCAGUACCUGUAGAAAAGCACUGUGAUGGCUCACUAUCUUUUUCAACACAAAACCAAGCAAACUGUUUACAAAAACACUGACUAAAAACAAGUUUAUAAGGAACAUUAUCUUUUCUUGUUACCUGUGGACCAAGAAAGAACUUUUCUUUCCUAAUACCACAUUUUCAUUCUAAGGUCUUCAGUCGCCAGCCAGCAUUAGACAGUGAUCUCUAAGCACUGCAAGGAGUCUGAGGCUCAAAUUUCCUACUUUAAAAACAAACAACACUGAAAUUCUCUCCCCAUACACAACACACACACACACACACACACACACACACACACACACACACAAACAUCUUUUUUCGUCUUUGGCAUAGGGCAUUAGCCAGACCCAUGAUUAAUGUUAUAAGCUUUUAGCCAAGAUGGCCUUGAGACUUCCCUGAAGUCCAUUUUUAUCAGAGGAAAUAACUGAAAGACAGAAUAAAUAACAUAUAUAGUGUAUAAAAAAUAUAGAAGAGCAACUCUUCCCUGUGACUUUAUUUGGUGGUGUGACUGUUGUUUAUUCUUUGUUUACAUGGGAAAUUUCCAAGUACAACCUAUUUAGUAAUACCAUUUACCUAAAUGCUAAUUUUCUGCUGCUUGACUUUAUUAAGCUCAAGACCUGUCUUUUAGUUAUUUCUUUCCGCAGUUUAAUUUGCAAUGUUUGCACGUACAUAACAUUUGUUUUGUUGUCUUCUGUUUGACAGAUUUCAGUAGAAAGGUAACGGUGAGAGAAUUUUCCCCAAAUUGUCAAUAAAAAAAAUUCUUCCA